UACCGGCUUUAAAGUGUGGUCAAUAUUGUGAGGCACGUCCCACAACAACUGUGAUUUAAAUAUUAAUAUUGUUUUUGUGGAAUGUAGAUAAACAAUAAAUUAUAUUUUUAUUGUCCGCCUCUACCGAUCGAUUUUCAGUGUUCUAUUUCUGUAAACCUGUCAAAUCUGUUAUCAUCUGGGUCGGACCGCGGGAAGACACUCAACAGACUGAGACAGCAAGCAAGCUGCAUUAACAAAACUGACCGCAGAAUUAUAGAAACGCGUUUUUCAAUUUUUUACUGAAAUGUCCUUCAGUUAUCUGCGCCAAAAUUGUAUGCCCAUACUGACAUUGAGAAAUGUAAAAACACAGGAAUACUACGACAUAUUAUGGAGAGAGAUUCAUCUGAUUGGUCGUGCUGGAUUUGGUGCUGAUCUAGAAAUAUCUGACGAUUCGUCUAUUAGCCGUUGUCAUGCAAAUCUCACGCUUGUCAAAAAAUCAUCUGGCAAUCUAAUGAAACUGUUUUUGAUUCUUGUGGACAAGCAAUCAAAGUAUGGAACGUUUAUUAAUAAUCUGGAUGAACCAAUUGAAAGAAAUCGCCCUAAAAUUUUAAAAAUUGGUGACAAAAUUCGUUUUGGCGUAAUGGAUAGUAAUUGGACUGUUGAAGAAUAUACUUUAGUGGUUUGUCCAUCAACAUUGAAAACUUAUGAAAAAGAUGAGUUGAAAAAUAUGAUAACAUCAUUUGGAGGACGAGUAGAGCGUAAUUGGUCUGAAGAGUGUACACACCUCUGUAUGAAUUCUGUCACUGUUACAGAAAAGGUGUUAUUAUGUCUAGCAUCUGCAAAAUCAAUAGUAACCGUUCAGUAUUUUAUUGAAUUAAUGAGAGGUUUAAACCCUCAUUCAUUAUCUAAAGUACCAGCCUGUAUAGAUUACAAACCUCAAUUGGCCGAAAGUCUUUUAAACCCAAAUUCAUUGUCGUUAGAUGUGAAUAACAAACGAAAAACGCUGUUUUCUGGAAAAACAUUUAUAUGUUCUACAGUUAAUCAACUAAAUCGUCUUUCAAAAUUAGUGAAAUUAACAGGUGGGGAAAUUAUGAGUUACUCUGCUGGAAUGUUAUCUGACAAUGAUAUUUUAAGCAGUACAAAAUAUAUUCUAAUGCAACGAGAUCCACAGACUGAAGAAGAUAAUCAUUUGUACCAACGGAUUCUGGAAAAACUUAAGAUGGUGAACAAAAGGUCUAUACCAGAAAAUGAUAUUGGAUUUGCCAUUAUUUUUUCAAAUACUACAAAACAUUGUAAUCCUAGUUUCAAUGUAUCUUUAGUUAAUCUUGAAUCUCAGUCCAAUUCAAUUAAAUCACAAGAGUCCAUUGUCUUGGCUUCUGAAACUGAGGUUUUAACUGUUAAUAAUAGUGAGUUAUUAUCAGUAAAUACCAUACUAGAUUCUCUUCCAAACACUAUUCCAGAUUCUUCUCCAAACACCAUACCAGAUUCUCUUCCAAACACUAUUUCAGAUUCUCCUCUAAACACCAUACCAGAUUCUCUUCCAAACACAGGAGGUGCUUUUAAGAGACCAUUUGAAGUUGUAUUUGACUCCGAAGAAAUUAUACAACCAAUUAAUAAACGUUUCUUAUUGGCAAAUGGCGAAGGAGAAAAUAACAGUAAGGAAACAAUAAGAAUAGAAAAUGAAUGCGAAAUUGAACCAACUCCAUCUUGUAGUAACCAUAAUGUGCAAAGUCCUAUUCCUAAAACACAAACAGUUGAUACAAAUGAUAAUUUGUCUUUAACCACAGUGUCAAGCUCACACUGCAUUUCAAACACCAAUAAAUCUUCUUUGAUGUUUGAACCAACUCCAUCCAGUGGUAACCAAAAUAUGCAAAGUCCUACACCUAAAAACCAAACAGUUACCACAAAUGAUAAUUUGGGUUUAACCACAGUAUCAAACUCACAACACAUUUCAAACAGAAAUAAAUUAUCAGCGUGGCUUCAAAGCACUGUAGCUGACAAUAAUGUGAACAAUACUAAUAAUUUACAGUCAAAGACUGCUGAAAACCUGGCUGUACCUUCAAAAAGAAAGAUAGCAAAUGAUAACCCAGUAUUUAAUAAUGAAAACGAAGACCCGUUCAACUAUAUGGAUAUCGACGAAGUUGAAGAACAUCCAAAAAAAAAGCCAAGGAAUAGAGAUAUGAAUUCAAUAUUUUUUCCUAUAACUGACACAUCAUCUAGCAAUAAAAGUGAACCAUCUAAAACUGUGGAGACUAAUGCCAAUGUAGCGGUGGAUCCAAAUUUUAUUAUGAAUUUACUCUCCGAGGCCAAAGGUACUGGACAGUUCAUAGAUGCGAGUAUACCGCAUAAUAAAUCGUCUGAUAAUACAAAUGAAGACACCAAAUACGAUUCCUUAUUAAAUUCGGUCAUUGUGGAAACUGUCAGUAUGGUGGUGUCCAGACCUACACAGACUGCAAACAUCAUUCAAGGAAAUAAUUCUAAUCUUCAAAACUUUAAGAAAUUUAAGAAGAAAGGACCAACCAUGCGGAUUCCACAUAUCGUUCCUAUGGAAUUCAUUCAAAUCGAUUAAUAUGGCUUUAUGUUUAUUAAAAAUUGAAUUAUUCCUUAUUCGAGUUAAGUGCUGUUUAAUUAUAAUGUUUUUACUUGUUUAUUUAUGUAUAACAAUAUAUUUUUAUGAAUUAAAUAAACUGUAUUGUAUAUGAGCCAUGUAAUAAUGUUUUGUUGAGUUCUACAUAUAAUAAAAAUUUGUAUUGUGUGAUUAGUA